UCAGAUGGUUUGACCACGCCUGACCGCAGUUAUUCAUUAAGCAACAACAGUCCGUCUAAACAACGAUUCUCCGCAGAAUCUUCAGAGGAAAACAAGAAACUGAUGCCAUUCAUGCGUCGCUUCUGCUUUGAUGCUAAGCCAUGAAAGAAUUCUCGCUCAUUUUGUCUCGCGAGAUCUGGCAACCCUGUCCCGCAGAUGACGUUGAGGUGACAUUAUUGCGGUUAAGCUGCUCAACACACUGCCAACAGCGUGACAGCGAUGCUAUAGAGAUGCCAGGUCGAGUCUACGCCAGCGUCCUUCAGAGAGCUUCAAGCUACACACUGCCACCAACAUCUACCCCAUGUCAGUAUGCUGUCCUUUCAGCAUUUUACUGCCCCAAACCUCGACGAGCCUUCCCUUGUCACUCUUCAUCCUGGAACACCUUCAGAUCACAGCACCUGCACAACAGUGGUGAGCCAGGACGCUGGUCUCAGAGAAAGCAACACUUCUCCACUCAUCAAGAUCUAGCCUUUCAUCUCAACCGGGUCCAAGUCAACAGUAUUCUAAGAUCUAAUGAGCAGGUUGUGAGUGUGCCAGAGUUUGACAGCUGGGGACUCAGUACUGUGACCAGAUUUGACAGUAACCAGCUCGCUGCUAACAUACCUAAUGAAGACCGUCGUAGUGCAGCCACCUGCCUACACUCAGAGGGCAUGCUCUUUGGUGUGUUUGAUGGCCACGGGGGAGCGGCCUGCGCUCAGGCCGUCAGUGAGCGACUGCUCUACUACAUAGCAGUAUCGAUGAUGCCAAGGAAGACCUUGGAGAAGCUUGAGAAGUGCAUGGAGCAUGGCAGACCUAUUCCGCCGAUUUUGCAGUGGUACAAGCACCAUGCAGACAUAAACUAUCGUGAGUCAGCUUCGCUCUACAUCAACCACCUCAGAGUUUUCUGGCAAGAAUUACUGGAAAGUGAAGAACAUGCUGAGGGCAUGAGCCCUGCUGAAGCUCUGGACCGGGCUUUCAAACGCCUGGACUCUGACAUCUCCUUGGAGGCUCAAGUCCCUCUUUCCAAUGACCUGAUGAAAAACACGGCCAUCCAGGUGGCGUUUGCCGGUUGCACUGCCUGCGUGGCUCACAUUGGCACAGACUCGAUUCACCUGGCGAACACCGGUGACUGCCGGGCGGUGAUGGGGGUUCAGGAGGAGGACGGUUCGUGGAGCGCUUUACUGCUGUCCGACGACCAUAACUCCCAAAACCAGGCUGAGGUGGAACGAAUCAAAGCCCAGCAUCCAACCUCGGAGAGAGACACGGUUAUCACAGACGACAGGCUGCUCGGGGUUCUGAUGCCCCUUCGUGCAUUUGGUGACAUGAGGUUCAAGUGGAGCUGUGAGCUGCAGCAAAGCAUUUUAUCCGGCCUGGAAUCUCGAGUGGAUGUGGACUCUCUCAACCUGUACCAGUAUUCUCUACCCAACUACCUAACUCCACCCUACCUGGACGUGACGCCUGACAUAAAGUAUCACAAACUUCGACCUCAGGACCGCUUCUUGAUCCUCGCCACUGACGGGCUGUGGGAUGAACUCGGCAGUGAGGAGGCGGUGCGGCUGGUUGGAGAACACCUGAGUGGGAUUCACCUACAGGCUCCAGUUUCCCGGUCUGAGCGUCAGGUGAAGUUGGGUCAAAUGCUUGAACUCCUAAUGAAACGGCGAGCUCGCGCUGCUCCUGCCGUGGACACCAACGCUGCCACACAUCUCAUCAGACACGCAGUGGGAACAGGAGAGUACGGAGAGCUGUGCCAGGAGAAAUUGUCCUCCAUGCUGGCUCUGCCUGAGGACCUCGCUCGCAUGUACAGAGACGACAUCACUGUGACUGUGGUGUUUCUGAACUCUGACCUGGCCAGACCUCACCACCGCUAACGCCAUAUCAGUCCUUCAAACGGCGAUGGACAGAGAUUUAAAAAACACAAAAACAUUUUUAGGAGAUUUCAAUGCUAAUUACUACAACCUGUUACAUCAUGUGCUUUAUCAAUCUUUUCAAAGUAAGGAACCGUUUUCAACUUGGUGUUUUCUUUGAAUGUCAUUGUGCCAAAGACAGGUUACAUAAUUAUUCAUUAUUGCAGUAUUUUGUCAGGUCAAAAUAGACGUGUGUUCUGGAGUCAAUGCACAUUCAUACACAUCUAUUGUUAAUGUUGAAGGUUAAUGCAAAGCUACAGAAUAAUGCACUUACUCACUUUUUCCCUUGUCGGUUUGUUACUUCUUUUUUCCUCUUGCAUAGUUCCAUGUUUUCUCCUGUUUACCUGACCUGUGUGUAAACUGUGAAGUCUUAAUGUUCAAGUUGAAGGAUGUUAAAAGUGUGCGAACGCUUCAUAAACAAUAUGAGGAAAUUUGUUCAGUUACAUUUGGAUUACUUGUCUUGGAAUACAGAGAUCAUUUCUAUCCUCUUAUUUUUGUAUAGUUUUUUGCAGGGUUUUAACCUGACAGUGAACGUGAAAUAAGCAGGUAACAUUUUUUGAGUAUUAUGGGCUGCAAUCUGAUCCUCAAGUGUUUUGUAAACAUAUGUGUGUGUGUGUGUGUGCUGGCUGUCACCACAGAAGUAAUGGUCCAAUUAACCCACAAGUAAAAGUCAAAUAAAGUUAUAUAUUUAGA